AUGGCUAAAAAUGUAAAAAAAAGUAAAGGAAAAGGGUCGAAAAAUGAUUUUCCAGAACAUACCAAUAGUAGUAUGCAUCUUCGUAGGCGUCGUGAGCAAACUACUAUUACCGAUGAAGGUGAUACAAAUAGAAAAAGUAUGAAUAGUAGUGUAAACCAAAAAUAUACUUUAGGAAAAAAAAGUCAUAGCGCAGGAGUUCAAAAUUAUAUAGAUAGAGAAAAUAUCGUAUUAUGGAAAAGACCAAUUAUUACAAUAAUUUAUCUUGGGAAACAUAAAACAGCUGUGACAAUCUUUUUAAUAACUAUUGGAUCAGCUUAUUAUGGUUAUUAUGCUCCUGGACCACAUCAAAGACAUAUUCAAACAUUUGAAGAAAAGUUAUUGUGGUGCGCAUAUUGGGUUGGCUUGGGAAUUUUAUCAUCUGUUGGUCUUGGGACGGGUUUACAUACAUUUUUACUAUAUUUAGGACCACAUAUUGCUAAAGUUACUAUGGCUGCAUAUGAGUGUAAUUCACUUGACUUUCCUGAACCACCUUAUCCUAAUGAAAUCAUUUGCCCUAAUACUACUGGAAAUUCAUCAAUUGCUACUGUUGCUAUAACAUUAUGGAGUAUUGUAUCUAAAGUACGUGUUGAAGCUUUUUGUUGGGGUGCCGGUACAGCUAUUGGUGAACUUCCACCAUAUUUUAUGGCUAGAGCAGCAAAAUUGUCUGGGGAGGAACCUGAUGAUGAAGAGUACAAAGAAUUUAAACAAUUAGUACAAAUAAAGAAUAAAGAUAAAUUACCAAUAAUGGAUAGGAUAAAACUAAAAAUGGAAAAUAUUGUUACAAAAGCUGGCUUUUUUGGAAUAUUAAUAUUUGCUUCAAUACCAAAUCCAUUAUUUGAUCUUGCUGGAAUAACAUGUGGUCACUUUUUAAUACCAUUUUGGACUUUUUUUGGUGCAACAUUAAUUGGAAAAGCAAUAAUUAAAAUGCAUUUUCAAAUGUUAUUUGUUAUUAUUGCUUUCUCAGAACAUCAUAUUGAAGAUAUAAUAUCAAAGAUAAAGUUAAUUCCAACUUAUGGUGUUAAAUUACAGGCACCAUUAAAAGAAUUUUUUAAUAAUCAAAAGAAAAAAUUACAUAGAGUUGAGGGGAGUGUUGUUGAAGAGAAGGGUAAUAUUCUUGCUAUUAUAAUGCAAAUCAUUGUUACAUCAAUGAUUUUAUGGUUUGUUAUUUCAAUUGUUAAUUCAUUGGCUCAAAAUUAUCAUAAACGUUUAACAGAGAAAAGGAAAAAAAAGACGGGAUGA